UUUUGCAACAAUGUCAAACCUGAACAAUUUGUGAAACUAACCUUGAGUAAAUUAAUUAGUAACCUUUUAAGGUGUUGAAAUACUUAACACAACAGUGGUGAAUUAUCUCCGUGGAGAGAACAGAACACAGAUGGACUGACACUUCAGUGGAGAACCUGCAUUAGCAUUUGAUCCUGAAGACAUGGAAGGGUCUAGUGACAAGCUUUUCUGCUGCAGGUGGGUGCGCCAGAGGUUUCCCCUGGCCCACAGAGAGGAACUGUACCACAUCCUGAGGAUGACAGGGCCUCUGCUGCUCUCUCGAAUCCUGAAUUACUUGCUUCCAUUUGUGGUUACAAUGUUCUGUGGGCGUCUGGGAAAUGAAGUAAUGGCGGGCUAUGGAUUAGCAUCUGCUGUCAUUAAUGUUACCACUGCAGCAACAGGUUGUGGUCUAGGACUGCCAUGUGAUACUUUAGUAUCUCAGACAUUUGGUGGUAAGAAUCUGCUGCGUGUUGGAGUGAUCCUUCAGCGGAGCAUCAUUAUCCUGCUGAUGUUCUGUCUGCCCUGCUGGGGCCUCCUUAUUAAUGCUCAGGCCAUCCUGUUAUGCAUGGGCCAGGACCCUGAGGUGACCAGAAUAGCCCAGCUGUAUAUUACAGCUUUCUUUCCAGCUGUACCAGCAAUGUUUCUACAUCAGCUUCAGGUGUCUUAUCUGCAGAACCAGGGUAUAAUACUGCCACAGUUGUACACUGCUGCUAUGGCAAACAUAGCAAAUGUGUUGACAAAUUACAUCUUUAUUUACUGGCUGGAUCUGGGUGUUAGUGGAUCUGCAGCAGCCAAUACCCUGUCUCAGAUUUACAUCUGUGCUUUUCUGUUUGCUUACAUUUGGUGGAAGAAGCUCCAUGUAACAACAUGGGGAGGCUGGUCUGUAGAAUCACUGCAGGAGUGGGGCUCUUACAUGAAACUUGCCAUUCCCAGCACAUUAAUGACAUGUUUCGAGUGGUGGGUUUAUGAAUUUGGUGGAUUCUUUGCAGGUAUGCUAAGUGAAGACGAGCUGGCCGCCCAACAUGCUGUGAUAAUGGUGGCUUUCAUAACCUACAUGUUCCCUCUUGGUAUUCAAGCUGCAGCAUGUGCCCGUGUGGGAAAUGCUCUCGGUGCAGGAGACACUGCCAGGGCGAUCCUUACCAGCAAGAUGUCACUUGCUCUUGCAGGUAUCUUUGCAGUUGUUGAAGGUCUCGUGCUUGGCUCUACUAAAACAAUGAUUGGCUUCAUCUUUACCUCUGAUGAAAAGAUCAUAGGUCUGGUCUCCCAUUUGAUGAAUGCUUACUGUUUCCUUCAGUUCUUCGAUGGUCUUGUUUGUGUAUGCACGGGCAUCUUCUUGGGCACGGGCAAACAGAAGAUACCAGCUGUGGCCAAUUUCAUUGGAUACUACGGCAUAGGACUUUCACUGAGUGUUACUUUAAUGUUUGUUGCAAAACUGAGAGUUUUGGGUUUUUGGCUGGGACUGCUCAUUUGUGUCGUCUUACAAUCCACCUUUUACAUCAUUGUCAUUUUCAAGCUUAACUGGAAGAGAAUGACAGAGGAGGCUGUGAAACGAGCUCAGAAAAAGACACAGAUGACAUUAUUAAGCACAGCUGCCCCUUCAGUUACUGCCGGUAACAACACUGCUGGACAGUCAGCAAGAAAUGGGGGUUCAGUGGAUGGCUACAGGUCUGUGAGUACCAAUGACCAUGAUGGAAACACGGAGACACAGGUUGGACAUGUGGUCCAGCUAAAGAGUGGCCAUCUCUCUACUACCCAGCUGAUCCUCAGGCGUGGCCUCACUAUGUUUGCAGCAGUUGCCCUUCUGGCAGUGGGAGCAAGUGUGCACUUCAUCGUGCCCUUGCCAGAGAUCCUGCCUUCAGAGGCCAACUUUAUUUUGGAGAGGAUCAAUACUACAUAUACUCCUGAUCAUAUUUUGUCCACUAUGCUGGUCCCAAUAGAAGAAUAACCUUGAGAGGCUUUAUCAUAAAAUCAUAGUUUGUGCUCAAUAUCAUGACUCUCAUGGACUCAUUAUUUUUGAGAGGACAUGGCUGAGAGUGAAAAACUGUGACAAAUUUGAUUAAAAAAAAUUAAGUGAAUUAAUGGUUAAAACAAUUUUUUUAUUAUUUUUGUUCUCUCUGAUUUUUUCUCAUCUGCACUUGUGUCAUAUCCAUCCGAAAUGCAGCUAUAUAUAUAUAGCUGCAUAUAUAUAUAUUGAUAAAUGGUUUUGCUUAUUCUCAAAUGUAACUCAGAACUUUGAUGAAUACAGGUCCUGGCUCAUUAAAAACUUUGCUUAUGUAGAAAUGUGCUUUUGUAUUCAGUGGUUGUCUACCAUUGGGAAUAAAACGAAACAACUAUAUUUA